CCUCACAGUACCUUGGUUUAGUCUAAUACGAAGUCUGUUGGUGCGUAUUAGUUAAAAAGUUUUCAAAAUGUGUGCAAUCAAAUGCAUAGCUAUUGUUGUGUGGAUCUUAAUGUGUAGUUUAAAUUCAUUGGAAUCCGCAAAAAUACUUGCUGUUCACCCAAUUCCGGGUCCUUCUCAUUACAUGUUUAUACAGUCGUAUUUGAAGAGAUUGGCGGCGCGUGGACAUGAGAUCACUUCAGUUUCGCCUUUUCCACAAAAAACACCCAUAAAGAACAUUCGUGAUUUAACAUUACAAAUAGACAAGUCGGGACAUAAAGAAAGAAUAAUCAAUUUGAUCGAAGAAGCUUAUGAAAGUAAAUUGGACCAGCUGAAGAGGGUUAGGGACUAUGUGACAUCGUCUUCUUUGCUUGUGUUGAGGAAUGAAGAAUUUCAAAAACUAUUGCGCUCAGAUGAACAGUUUGAUCUCAUCAUUAUCGAAGUAUUCUGUCAAGAUUCGCUUUACGCAUUGGGUCAACAUUUCAGAGCGCCAAUGAUUGGGGUGUCCCCAUUUAGUACAGAUGUUGUGAUCGACGAGUUGGUGGAUAACACUUCGCCGGUGGCAUAUGUACCAGCACCUAGCGGCACGAACUUGGAUCGCAUGAAUUUCUGGCAACGCCUAGAUAACCUAUAUGCUUACACCAUAGAGCUUUUGUAUAAUCAUUUAGUUAUAAUACCAGAGCAGCAGCGAUACUAUGAAACGUAUUUUCCUAAUGCGACUAUGCGCUUAACAGAUGUUCGUAAAGAUUUUUCUCUUUUGCUGCUCAAUCAACAUUACUCAUUCAGUUGGCCACGUCCAUUAGUGCCGAAUGCAAUCGAAGUGGCUGGUAUGCAUAUUGAUCACAAACCAAGUAAAAUACCAGACGAUAUGGAAGCUUUUAUUAAUGCCUCCCCUAGAGGUGCUAUCUACUUCUCAAUGGGUUCGAAUAUAAAGAGCGAAUUUUUGCCGAAACAUAAAUUGCAAGAUAUUAUGAACGCAUUUGCCUCACUGCCCGUGAACGUGUUGUGGAAAUUUGAGAAGACUGAUCUAGUUGGUAAACCAAAGAAUGUCUACAUUAACAAAUGGUUUCCACAAUCCGACAUACUAGCUCACCCCAAAGUGAAACUUUUCAUUACACAUGGUGGCAUGCACAGUCUGAUAGAAGCAGUGCAUUAUGGCAAACCGAUUGUGGGUAUGCCAGUAUUCUACGAUCAAUAUUUAAAUGUGGAAAAAGCAGUGAGUAAAGGUUUCGGUCUUGCUCUUAACUUUCGAAAUUUCACCAGUGCCGAGCUGCGUGAUGCCAUUUUGGAGGUAUUGAACAAUCCCAAGUAUACCGAACUAGCGCGAGAGAUAUCUGCGACUUUCCAUGAUCGACCAAUGAAACCGCUCGAUGCGGCAAUCUAUUGGACUGAAUAUGUGCUGAGACAUAAGGGUGCCCCACAAAUGCGUGUUGCCGCACGUCAUUUAAAUUUCUUACAACGCCAUAGUGUGGAUACAGUUGUUGUGUUAUUUGCUAUUCCAUUGUUGUUGAUUUUAUUAAUAACUCGUUUGAUAUUGGUUAUAUUCAGAGGUAAAGAUUAUGUGAGUAAGAAGUUAAAGCAUGAGUAAACUAGGGAAUUCCAUUAGUGAGUGUAUAUCUAACUGUUUAAUGAGAUAAUUCUAAGCACAUCACAAAGACUACAUAGAGUUUCAUUCGGUUCUUCUUACAUCUAAAAGAUUUUAAAUAGAUAAUGAGGCGACAUAAAUUGCUUACUUUUAUUUCCAUAAUUGUUAAGGGCUGAUCAAUAUGUUUCUGAUAGUAUUGUUGAUAGAGCCAAUGUAAUUGAUUUCUUUAAACAGAUAAUGUGUAAUUUUAUAUUGUUUAUGACACUUUCAGUGCAAUAAAAAUAUUUAGAGCAAACUAUA